AUGAGAGACAUCGUCGCCGGUGCCAGAAAUGGCCGGUUCGGGCAUACAGAAGAGACUUUGAAAAAACUCCCGAAAGCAGACCAACCCCAGCGCAUACACACGAAAAUGCUCGACUAUCAACUGCAAGGCCUCGGCUGGCUUCUGCAACACGAGCACCCGCAUCUGCGCAAGAACCCCGUGCACAGCACGCAGUUCUGGCACGCGCGCGCCGACGGCUCGUUUUAUAACUCGAUGACGAAGCAGAUUGGUGCGCCGAAACUCGCCAGCGGAGGCAUCUUGGCUGACGAUAUGGGUCUCGGCAAGACUAUCCAGAUGUUGUCGCUCGUGUGCGCUGAUCCCGCGGCGGCGGUGAAGUCGGGCUUGAUCAAGGCUGACUCGACGCCGGCAGAGUUCAAGGGUAAACCGACGCUGAUUCUGGCGCCGGUGGGCUUGCUCUCGAAUUGGUCUGACCAGGCCGCGCAUCAUAUCGAUCCCGACAACCCGCUCAAAGUGCUGGUGUACUACGGCAGUAGCAAGAGCCGGUCUGUGAAUUUUGAGGACUACGACGUGGUAAUUGGCUCGUAUGGCCAGAUUCGCGGCGAAUACAAGCGGCUGCUGGCGAUCGAAGACCCAGAAAACAUCCGCCCGGUCAACCAACUUCCUCGAAACAUGCGGUUCAUCGACCAACCCUGGCGCCGCGUGAUCCUCGACGAGGCACAUAUUAUCCGCAACCCAAACACGCUGGUGACGCAGGGCGUGAUGCGGUUGAACGCGUACUCGCGGUGGGCGCUGACGGGCACGCCAAUCAUGAACUCGCUCACCGACUUAUUUUCGCUCGUGCGGUUCUUGCGCGUGUCGGGCCUGAUGGACAAGCAGAAUUUCGAGAGCAUAAUCAAGCGCGGGUUCGAAGUCAAGGGAUCGGAUUCUGAGACGCGGCUGCAGGCGCUGAUGAUGGAGUUUACGUUGCGGCGGCUAAAGUCGAUGAACUCGCUCGUGCGGUUGAAUUUGCCGCCGCUGACGGUGUUUACGCACACGAUCGAGUGGUCGAAGGAGGAGCGGCGCGUGUAUGACGCGAUGCAAGCCGAGGCGUAUGGAGCGAUGAUGGAGUGGCAUCAGGCAGCGCGGGGUGAAGGGCAGGCGAGACUGAUGUAUUUGUUUGAGGCGCUGCUGCGCCUGCGGCAGAUUUGCAAUCAUCAGCAGCUGUGCGGCGAGCGCCUUCGAGGGAUCGCGGAUAUCGAGGAAAAAGAGGUGGUGGAGCCUACGCAUGAUAAUAUUAUGGCGCUGCAGCUGAUGCUGCAGGCCGCGAUCGAUGAGAACGAGGAGUGUCCGGUUUGCUUUGAGGUGCUGCAGGAGCCGCGGAUCACGCUAUGCAAGCAUAUAUUCUGCAAGAACUGCAUCGAAGAGACGAUCCAUAUGUCUCACAAGUGUCCGUACUGCCGACACCUGCUGACGAGCGCAAGAGACAGUCUGAUUGCGCCGAUGGAGGAGACGGGCGCGGACGAGGUCGAGAUCACGGAGGGGAGCAGUAGUAAGCUGGAUGCGAUCAUGAAGAUUCUGAUUACGCAAAAGAGUCAGAAUGACUCGAUGCCGCAGGAGGAGCCGAUCAAGACUGUUGUGUUUUCGCAGUGGACGUCGUUUCUGAAUAUCUUGGAGCCGCUGCUGGAUGACGCGGGGAUCAAGUUUUCGCGGAUCGACGGGACGAUGAAGAUCGACGAGCGGGACGCGGCGAUCAAGCAGUUGGCGGACGACAGAGAGACCACGGUGCUGCUUGCCUCGCUUGCGGUUUCGUCUACCGGGUUGAACCUGACGAUGGCGUCGCAGGUGAUUAUGUGUGAUUUAUGGUGGAACAUUGCGCAGGAGCGGCAGGCGAUCGAUCGAUGUCACAGACUGGGACAGACGCGGCCGGUGAAUGUGUUUCGGCUGGUGAUGAAGAACAGUAUCGAGCAGCGGGUGAUCAAGAUCCAGGAGGAGAAGGAGGAGAUUGUGGAGCGGGCGUUGAACGAC